ACGAACGGACGGCGGGCGGAAAGCAAGAGGCCGGCUUCUGCAUUCCUGGUCACUGACGGGUUUCAGCCAUCGAGUGUCCUCUGCUAUGCAUACCAGCGGAGGGGAUGUAUAUAACAUACCCUUGGACGGCAAUGGAUCCUCAGCAACUCAAACGCAGUCGACAUUCAAGAGAACACCAGUGUUGAGCCAGCAUGCCUUUCCCCGUCGACAACGCACCCUCGCUCUGAACCUCGUCGGGUCGGAGCAAAGCGUCGUCGAGUCUCUCCAAGCGUAUCAUGCCUUCCGCGACGCGGCGGCCAACGAACUCCUGUCAAUGAAUGCCCCACUCGAGCGUACGCCUGCGGCGUUUGGCAGAACAGUCGCAAGCACUCAAUGGGCCUGUGGCGUGUGCGGGGUGGCCUUCCAACGGGAGGAUGCGUACAAGCGUCACAUGGAGGCUGCACACCGUGGCUAGCCUGGAGGGUUGCCGGUGGCCUCCUCAAAUAACCUAAUAAUUCUGUACAACACCCAUUCACAUCUAGAUAUCCUGCGGAUUCAACUCUGCGCUCAGGAUUUGUCACAUAGAAAUACUGUAGUCUUCUUGUUCUGCUCUCGAUCACUCUUUCAUGCUCUUUGCUAGAUAUUUGCGUUCAAUACCUACGUUCUGAGAAUUAGAUCUACAGUACUCAUGAUCAGUGCUGUAACGACGCACGUCUUUCACAAGUAUAUCAAACCCAUAAUUCUCCGCAUCCCG